AUUUGACUUCAUGGCUGAAAGCAAUGAUCAUUUGGCUUCAUACAAAUGUAUAUGUCAAGAGGCUGCUCUCAUCCCUGAUAGGCCGAGACUAUGAUAGUUACAGUUUAAACUAAAGAGUUUCCCUUGACUGUACACUUAUUGUUGUGGUUAUGAAAUUAACAUUUUGCAGUUUCCUUGAUCUAUGAGCAAAGUACUUUCUAACAUGCUAAUAGCCUAUUCCUUAGUCACUCAGAAAGUGAUAUUUCCGUAACGUAUAGUUUGGGAUAUCGUUUAUUGGUUUCUUUACCCGUGUUUCUUUUAUUGUAGAAGAGAGUUAAUACAGCCCCAACCCUCAACCAAUGUGAUCUCCAAACUUAUGACCAUCAUUUUAUGAGGAAGUUUGAUACUACUUUUAUGAUGUCUUAAUUACCAGAUGGGCAAAGGCCCCAAACCAUUAAACCUCGUAUUUAUGUCAUCUUUCUCAUUUAUUUUUGGACGAGGAAGAAAAUCUAUGGACUAAGGGAUGGGGAAUGGUAGAUUAAACUAGCUGUAGUUUUUUUUGUUUUCAGUCUACCUGUUUUUCACCCAACUUGCUACGCUACUUGCUGAUAUUUUUUAAAUAUAUUAUUUGAUGGGUAGUUGUUGAAAAAUAUGCUGGUUAUUUCGUGUGGGAGAUAAUGAAGAUUAGUGCAUGUUUCUUAGUCAUUUUUGGACUCUAACAUCUUGCAGUUCAGACGACUCUGAGUUCCACUUUACUUUGAAGUCUCUUGGAUUGGAAAUUCUUGCAGAAUGAGGGUUGACUUUUGUUUGCUGCUGCAACCCCUUUGCAUUGAAGAAGGUCAAACUCUAGCUUAUGAAAUUGAGUAGAAAUAAAGGCCCAGCUCCUCUCCCUACAGAAAUUGGUUGGAGAGAGAGAAAGGUAAAAAGAGAUACACUUUGGAGUUUGGAGAGAUAGAGAGAGAAGGUGAAAGUAUUACAUGUUUUUCAGUUUCUUUUCCUUUCCACAUAUAAUUUGCUGCUGGUUUUUUAUGGUUUAGCAAGGGUGGUUUCCUCUUUUAGGGUUGAAUAUUUGACUCCUCCUACUUAAAUCUUCAACUGUCUCUAAAACGCAUUUAUGGUGGUGGCAUCUGACUGUUGAAGUAAGAUGGUGUAAAUUCAUGGCACACACUGGCCUUAGUUAUUACCCCUUUUUCUUCCAUUUAUUUCCUUCAUCUAUAAAUCCCCCAUUUAUCCACCACAACUCCUCCGACGCGCGCACACACACACACACACAGUUUCUUUCUCCUCCUCUUUCAGACAAACAGCACCUCCCACAGUUGAUGCAAGAAAAUAGUUUCUGAGUCUUUUCUCACAGCUUCAAAAACUAAAAAAGGUGGUUUAUUUUGUUGAUUGUCUUUAAAGAUGGACAUGUCCAUGGCACUGUUGUUGUUCUCUGGUGUGACAUGCUACCUUCUUUGGUUCACCUUCAUCUCCAAAUCUCUAAAGGGCCCGCGAGUUUGGCCAGUUCUGGGCAGCCUGCCCGGCCUCAUUGAGAAUGCCGAGCGCAUGCACGACUGGAUUGCCGACAACCUCCGUGCAUGCGGCGGCACCUACCAGACUUGCAUCUGCGCCGUGCCCUUCUUGGCCCGGAAGCAAGGCCUCGUCACCGUCACCUGUGAUCCCAAGAAUUUGGAGCAUAUAUUGAAAACCCGGUUCGAUAACUACCCCAAGGGUCCUACCUGGCAGGCCGUCUUCCACGACCUACUCGGCCAGGGGAUCUUCAACUCCGACGGCGAUACCUGGCUCUUUCAGCGGAAGACGGCGGCCCUCGAAUUCACCACACGGACGCUGCGCCAGGCCAUGGCCCGCUGGGUGAACCGGGCCAUCAAGAACCGGUUCUGUCCGUUCUUGAUGUCGGCUCAGCUCGAGGCCAAGCCGGUUGACUUCCAGGAUAUUUUGCUCAGGCUGACGUUCGAUAACAUCUGUGGUCUGGCUUUCGGGAAGGACCCUCAGACUUUGGCUCCUGACUUGGCGGAGAACAGCUUCGCGUCGGCUUUCGACAAUGCCACGGAGGCGUCGCUGCAGAGGUUUAUCCUUCCUGAGGUGAUGUGGAAGCUGAAGAAAUGGCUGCGGCUCGGGAUGGAGGUCAGCUUGAGCCGGAGCCUCGUCCACGUGGAUGAGUAUUUGUCCAACGUCAUCAGCUCGCGUAAGGUGGAGCUGACAGGUCAGCAGAACAAGGAUGCCAAUCCCCACGAUGAUUUGCUGUCAAGAUUUAUGAAGAAGAAAGAGUCCUACUCGGAUAAGUUUUUGCAGCACGUGGCGCUCAAUUUCAUCCUAGCUGGCCGGGACACGUCAUCGGUGGCUCUGAGCUGGUUCUUUUGGCUGAUCAUACAGAAUCCGAGGGUGGAGCACGAGAUCCUGCGGGAGAUAUGCACCGUCCUGAUCGAGACACGUGGCACCGACGUGGAGUCCUGGCUCGACGAGACUCUUGCAUUUGAGGAAGUUGAUCGUUUGGUGUAUUUGAAGGCUGCAUUGUCGGAGACACUAAGGCUGUACCCUUCGGUCCCCGAGGACUCGAAGCAUGUGGUGGCGGACGACGUCUUGCCUGAUGGGACUUUUGUCCCGGCUGGAUCCUCGAUCACGUAUUCGAUCUACUCGGCCGGUCGGAUGAGGUCCACGUGGGGGGAUGACUGUCUCGAGUUCAAGCCAGAGAGGUGGCUGUCGAGUAACAAGGACAAGUUUGUUGCCCAUGACUCUUACAAGUUCGUGGCCUUUAACGCGGGGCCGCGGAUGUGUCUCGGGAAGGACUUGGCCUACUUGCAAAUGAAGUCGAUCGCGGCAGCAGUGCUUCUCCGCCACAGGCUGACGGUGGUGCCCGGCCACAAGGUGGAGCAGAAGAUGUCGCUGACGCUGUUCAUGAAGGAUGGGCUUAAGGUAAAUGUGCAUCAAAGGGAUCUUAAAUCACUUGUGGUGAGUGUGGUUAAGGAGAGGGAGGCAGCGGCGGCGGGUGCCGGAGAUUGUUUGGAUGGGGUGGCGUUGGCGGUGGAGUAAGGGUGGUGGUUGGGGUGGUUUAAGGCGGUAGUUGGAAUGAGUUAAAGAAGAGUGUACAAUUCUUUGUAGGGUGGGCGCCCAUUAACUACUGAGUGUUUUAGGCCAACUCAGCUCAGUGGAUGGCUGAAUUCUCUUACAAAAAAGAAAGAAAAAAAAAAGAAAUUAUGUGGGACAAAACUCACAUGGUGAUAUGGAUGCCUAAUGUUGCUCUUGAAUGCAUGUAAAUGAGGGAGCAUAUGCAUGCUUUGGAGGUACGACCAUUCAUUCUGAGAUGGUGAGAAAAUCUCGAUAGUUAAUAUUUCUUGUUUUUUUUUUCUUUCCCCUAUGUCUCUAAUUCAUCUUUUUGGGAGUAUUUUGGGUUUCGUUAUUGUAUUUAUUCUUUGAAUUUCUUGUUUUGUUUUGCCAUAUUUCCCAGUUUAAUUUACUCUCUUAUUGAAACCUUAUAAAA